AUGGUUGCUCAGGAAUUCAUUGACUUGUUCAAUUCAAUAUCGUUAGCACAACGUUCUACUGUCGAAGAUUUCGCUGAUCGAUUAAAUUUAUUCACUGUGAUUUUACUACUUAUCACUUGUAUUAUUGUUUCAACAAAACAAUAUUUAUUAAAUUCGAUUUCAUGCUAUAUACCAGUGAAACCAGCUGGAGAAAAUUUCAAUGAUUAUCUUGCAAAUUAUUGUUGGGUACAUGGAACAAUUCCAUUGGCUGAUGAUGAAAGAAUGCCAACUACAGAAGCUCAAUGGGAAGAAUAUGAUUCAACACGAAGAAUUACUUAUUAUCAGUGGGUACCGUUUGUACUUGGCCUACAGUGCAUAUUAUUUUAUAUUCCACAUAUUGCUUGGCAAGCUGCUUGCGCUUGUCGUUCUGGCGGUGAUAUGUUUUCAUUAGUAAAAUCAGCGGCAGAUGCUGCCAUAUUAUCUCGAGAUGAUCGUCAGAAAGCAGUAGCUCGUGUAGCGGAAUUCAUCGAGGACAUGAUUGGAACGCACAAAGAAUGUCGGAGAGGUAAACGUGCUAAACUGACUAAAACAGCUGCUCAAUUUGGUGGGAUAUUUGUAGCUAGUAAAAGACUCGGUACACACUUGAUAUGCUCUUAUCUAUGCGUAAAAAUUGUUACAAUUAUUAAUGCUGCAUUACAACUAUUUUUAAUUCAACGAUUUUUGGGCUUUUAUUCAAAUGGCAGUGCAAGUCGACGUAGUUUACAAUUAGGCAAAGCGACUGAUUUUAAAGCAUUAAAUGAUUUAUCUUAUUCAGACAAUGAAAAUGUUGAAGGUUAUGGAUUUGGUUUAACUGUUGUUAAUCAUAUACGUGCUGGACGUGAUUGGCCUGAAACUAUGCUAUUUCCACGUGUAGCAUAUUGUCGUGUACCGGGUAUACGAUUAGUUGGUGUAAAAAAUUCAUACACUGCACAAUGUGCAUUACCUAUAAAUAUGUUAAAUGAAAAAAUUUAUAUAUUUUUCUGGUUUUGGAUUGUUUUCUUACUUAUCACAUGUAUUCUUAGUUUGUUAUUAUGGCUUGCACGUAUGAUUUUAGCAUCAAAACGUAAAGAUUUCAUCAAACGUUAUCUUCGAUUAAAAGGUGUUCAUUCAAUAAAAGGUGAUGAGUUGAAAAGAAGUGAUUUAGAUGAAUUUAUUGAUAAAUAUUUACGUGCUGAUGGUGUAUUCAUAAUUCGUAUGUUAACUAUUAAUUCAGGUGAUGUUAUUACAGGAGAAAUUGUCACUGAACUAUAUAAUAACUUCAUUAAUCAUUAUAAUGAUACACAUUCAAUAGACAAAGAACAAGAUUUAAUGAAACCAGGAAAAAUUGGUUUUAAUAAUCUUGUUUAA